AUGUUGUGUCAUAUCGUAACAGAUCUGUCUUUUCCCGCGUUUUUGUAUGACAAGUACACGGCCGAUUCCAACAAUUUGGAGGAAGGUCUUUUCAAGGGAAAAAUUCUAUUGCAGGGCUACAAAGCAGUGUUCACGUCUCCCUCUUCCGCAAAAGACAUCGAGGGUGACAGUGACGGUGCAGAUGUCAUCCAGAACAACAGACGCGCGAAGAAUUCAUUUUCUGGGAUCAAGGUAAAAAAACAUGUAGCGCAAAUUAUCAAAAUGGAGAAAGUUACUCCUCGUUCGAUUGCUUACAUCGCCUGUCAAGUCAGAUUUGCACUUUCGUCUGUUACCUCGUGGCGUUCCGUCGACGGCGACUUUGACUACAUUCAAUUCUGGCGGUCCAUCGUAGAUUUCUUUGAAAAGCCUCCCGGUCGAGAAGCGCAACGCAGGGUCAACAAACUUUUGGAGUGGUGGACUAGGAAAGUUUUUGGCAGGAGCCGCCGCAAGGAUCUUAGCAACACAGCAAAAGCAAAUAUGUCUGUGAAUGCUCUUGCGAGGCAAAGAGCACAACUCGAUGAUGCCGCUUUCGAUUCAAACUAG